AUGUCAAAUCCUAGCGGUCAGGGCAACCAUCCACAACAGUCGUGGAACAGCGAGAAACCCAGUCCUCAACACCCACAGCACCCGUCGUGGAACGCCGAGGACAAUAAUAACCGUCCUUCGUCGACACGUCCCUCGUCAACAUAUCCACCGCCGCUCUCUUUUCAGUCGCAUCCUCCAGCUCCCUAUAACCAGCAGCCUUACCCGCAAUCGGCAUAUCCUCCUCCUCCCUCUGCCUAUCCUCCGGCACCACCAUCUGGCAUGGCUGCAGUUCACUCUCAAGUUCAAGGCUCUCAAGAUCCUUACCAUCGUUUACCUCCUCCACCGGCCCCUGGUCCUUAUCAACGACCCGACAUGUAUGCUCAACCUCCACCAGGGCCUCAAGUGGUCUACCAAGCCGCGGCCCCAAGGCAGCGUACAGCCAUAGCCUGCCGUUAUUGUCGCCGUCGCAAGAUUCGUUGUUCGGGUUUCGAGAGCUCCCCUGAUGGACGCUGCACCAACUGCGUCCGUUUCAACCAGGAAUGCAUGUUCACACCAGUGUCUUCGCAAGCGCAAGCAUUUGUUCCCGCUCAUGCCGCCUAUCCUCAUCUCCGUUCCCAGGCCCAAGCAGGGCGUGGUCGUGGUUAUCCUGGAGAUAACGUUGUCUUGUACGGUGCUCAUGGCCAGCCACUUCCACCUCAACAAGCAAUGCCCGAAAGCACACUUCCGCCACCACAGGGUGCUUAUUAUCAACCUCCUUAUGGCCGUCCUCAUGUCGAUGAUCGAAUCCCGCCGCCUCCUAUGCAGCACCAUUUGCCUCACGAUCAAGGAGGUCGACGCGGCUCAGGGGCAGGGUUCGAGUAUCCUGAACCCAUCAAUCUAGCACCAGUUUCCACCGGCCCUCCCGCAGCAGGGUAUCCUCCAGCACCGUAUUAUCAUGCAGCACCACCACCUCCACCACUCGAUAGACGUGCGUCUCCGCAAUCAUAUUCUUACGAUCGUCCAGGCUACCCGCCAAUGCCGGCUCACGGAACUCCACCUCCAAUCGCGACCCCAGGCUCUUCGCGUGGCCCGUUGAAUGUUCGAGAUAUUCUCAAUAACCCACCUGGUGAUUCUACCGGCGCAAAUGGUGGCCGUUCUAGUACGGACAGCGACAUGCUCAAUCAACUGAACCGAAAAGUAUAAGAUCUUCCAUCAUGGAAGCGCACCUUUCCGUCAUGUUUGAGCUAAAGAAAUGAGUCAACGCAAAACCAAAAAAAAAAAGAAAGAGAAAGAGAAAAAAAAGAAAAAACCAAAUCUUACAAGACAGGAUGGGCUAUACGACUUUGUGCAGGUUGCGCGGCCAAUAUCCAUCAUUGCGAACGGCGAGCCGAAGCUGUACUAUCAUUUCAUUUACACCAUUAUUAUUCCUAUUCCUCGAAAUCGCAUUGCAAUUCAGUUCAAUUCCGUUAUUUCAACUGUUGGGGCUUUUAUUUGCAUGCGACAAGAGUAUCUUUAUGAGUUGGUUGUGUAGUGGAUGGCUGGACCAUACAUUACUUUGGGCUAAAAGGAAUAUGGGACGCUUGCGUACCAUGUCCCUUGUUCCUGCCAGGAGCAGGAUACCAACGUAUCGGCCCAUUUAAAAUGAAGCCACGAAGACGAACGUUAUUAUGGACUAGACGACCACAAAUACUCGCGGAUCGAACAGAGAAAGUGGACUGAAACCCAGGCUUGACUCUUUACAACUCGGUUUUACAUCAUGCGAUACUUCAGAUGCUUUGUUCCACACUAAAAUCUGCUUUACCAUUUCCUUUCAUAUUUGAUUUAUUGAAAGACGGAAGAAGAUUCCAUUCUGAUAAAAUACUUGGGGCGACCCGUUAAUGCGUCUUCGAUGACUUUUCAUAUUUUACGCUAUGUUUGUUCUUCUGCACGGGAGGCUGCACUGAUCUUUUUCGUUUCUAGUUCAUUGGUAUUCUGAUUCUGGCAAAAUUCGGGAAGGCCAUCUAUCGGUUUUUACACCAUGUGAAACAAUCCAUGGGAAUGGGGCGGCAUCAUAUAUCGUCGUCUUUUCGCGAAAAAAUUCGGGUGGCAGUCUGCGAAUUGUUCGUUAUCAAAAUAAUUGCAUCUGUCGUACGGUGGCUCUUUCGUGGUUCUUUGAGCGGUUCGGGUGGUUCUCGUGACUUUUCAUCCUUGAUUUACAGGUUCAUUUGGUGCCUCACUGACCUUUAUGCACGGGAUACUGGUUAUUGCAUGGGUGGAAUCAAAAGUUGCGGAAUUAGCGGCAUUUGCUGGUUUACUGUUUUGCAUUUCUUGAGUCGUUCGGGACCCGCUCACAAUGCCGGUUUUCGAUGCGAUGUCGGGUUAGUGCGACUCUGCUUGAACCUUGUGUGUGCGCGUGUGUUUUUGCUUUUGAAUCGCGACUUGUAAUCCACGUUGCUUGUUUCUGGGUGGCUAUCUGAUUAUUCUGUCUCUGCGUCUGAAUAUGCGUGUUGUUUUAGAUUAUUUUACCCCCUUGUUUGAGUGGAUAACUGAGCACUUUAUGUUUAUGUAUGGGUGGCUGUCUGAUCAAUUUGAACUGUUUUGAUAUUUAC